GUUUGUUAGUUUAAAUUAGGUCUAUACACACAGUGAUCAUUGUGGUUGUAUCUUUGGAAUAUUAUAUAAAAUUCCUGCGGUCAGAAUGACUCCAUUUCUGACAAAACAAGGAACCGGUAUUCACUGCCAGCCCAUCUUUUGGUCAAUACAAGUAUCAGCGGGCUCUUUACCCCUUGUGGCAAGCUUUCGUUCGUUUGAGCUCACAGAGCUUACCAGUCGAAACAUAGAGCGGAUGGCGGGAGUCCUAAUUAUCAGUACAAGCCCUAGGCAUAUAGUGGCAGCUUUAUUACCUACUAUCUGGAGGGAAAAAAAAGCGAACAAAUAUUUGGAUUUGGAAAAUGCAAUAAACAGAAAUAAAAAGCGGGGCUCAAAUGGUAUGGAAAAUGGUUGCAUGGAGAAAGGAAGGAAAAUAAACAGGGUGGGUAGUGACGGAGAUCAGGGAGCGAAAGGAAAUAGGUCGAUGAAGAAGUCAAAGAGAGGGCAAUGAAUUAAAUUCAUGGAACCAAGUCAAGAAAACAAAUGUCAUGGAAUCGAACUCAUUAAAUCGAUAAACAGACCCCCAGAAUAUGAACAAACCCCAAAGCCUCAUUGUCCGGAACUCAAGGCCUCAC